GAAGCCAGGCUCGCCUCCGGUCGGAUAGCAAAGAUGGCGUCGUCCGCCUCAGCCCGGCCUGCAGCGGGGAAGCGAGUGGUGAAUCAGGACGAACUGCGACGGUUGAUGAAGGAAAAGCAGCGUCUGAGCACCAACCGGAAACGGAUAGAAUCUCCAUUCGCGAAGUACAACCGCUUGGGGCAGCUGAGUUGUGCCCUGUGUAACACUCCGGUUAAGAGCGAGCUCCUGUGGCAGACUCACGUCCUGGGAAAGCAGCACCGAGAGAAAGUGGCCGAGCUGAAAGGCGCGAAGGAAGCAGCCCAGGGCCCGUCCGCCAGCGCAGUGCCUCAGUCCACCAAGAGGAAGGCGCCGGACUCUGAGAGCCAAGAUGCCAAAAGAGCGAAGGCCUCCCUGGUUUCUCAGGUACAGCCCUCCACGUCCGCUUUGCCCACCAACUUUGACAAAGCCGGAAAGGAGUCCACUAGGACGACCGUCGGUAAGGCUUCGGGACUCGGUUUACUCCCUGAUUAUGAUGACGAGGAGGACGAGGAGGAGGAGGAGAAGGGAGGAGGAGGAGCAGAAGGGAAGAAGGGGGAUGCCUGUAAGCAGCCGUCCAAUUCACAGAGCAAGGAACACUCACUUUCCUCCUCGCGGGAGGCAACUGGUAGUAGGCUGCCAAGCAAUUUCUCGGAUACAAAUCCUCCCAAGGCCCCUUUAAUCCCUCAUUCCGGGUCAAUUGAGAAAGCAGAAAUACAUGAAAAAGUAGUGGAAAGGCGAGAAAACACUGCGGAAGCAUUACCAGAAGGGUUUUUUGACGACCCUGAGAUAGACGCGAGGGUACGAAAGGUUGAUGCCCCAAAGGACCAGAUGGACAAAGAAUGGGACGAAUUUCAAAAAGCUAUGAGACAGGUCAACACUAUUUCCGAAGCCAUAGUUGCCGAAGAGGAUGAGGAGGGACGGUUGGACCGGCAGAUUGGGGAGAUCGAUGAGCAGAUUGAGUGUUACCGUCGAGUGGAAAAGCUGCGGAAUCGCCAGGAUGAAAUAAAAAAUAAGCUUAAAGAGGUUCUGACCAUAAAAGAACUGCAGAAAAAGGAAGAGGAGAAUGUUGACAGCGAUGAUGAGGGGGAACUACAGGAUUUGUUGUCUCAGGAUUGGAGAGUGAAGGGAGCUUUGUUAUAGGGUAUCAGAGACCCACGCUUUUGUACUGUUGUGUAGAAAGUGCUGUCUCUCAGUACAGUACCCUUUACUCCAUGCCUAGAGAUUUGGUAACCUAACUGGAUUGUUGAGAUACAAUGAACAUUCGAAGAGACCACUUUGGAAGAUUAGUGUAAAAUAUUUUUGAGGUAGAGGUGUUUUUGAAGUAUUACUUAAAUGCCAGUUUUUUCAUACAUUUAUAUAGCUAAAGUUUGGGUUGUAAAAACUGUAAAUGUUGUACAUUUUAAAUAUAUAUUUACCUAAGAA